AAAGACAAUAAAGGCAUGUGCCAAGGCAAGCCAUUUCCAGUUCUUUAUAUCAGAUAUUUCUUGUAGUUUGAGCAACCGCCUUUUCUCUCUGUUAGAAAUUUAGUUCAAAAACCUGAAACAGAGGGACAAAGCUUAAAGAUAAGUUUAAUGCUCACCAACCGCCUUUGAACUCCUCACUCUCUCUCUCUCUCUCUCUCUCUCUCUCUUGUACUCUCUCCUUUAUUCUCAGCUCACAGGCUCAUACCCAUUUGCUUUCUCUCUCUCUCUCUCUCUCUCGGAAAGGAUGAGUAAACAAGAUUUCUCCAAGCAACAGUUGCAGACUUGUGUCCUUCGAGUGCACAUACACUGCGAUGGGUGUAAGCAGAAAGUAAAGAAACUGUUGCAGAAAAUAGAUGAAGUAUAUGCUGUCAACAUAGAUGCAGAGCAAGGGAAGGUGACUGUUAUAGGAGUUGUUGAUCCAGCCAAACUAAUAAAGAAGCUGGAGAAGUCAGGGAAGCACGCAGAGCUAUGGGGGCCUCAAAAGGGUUCAAACAACAACCAAAACUUUCUCAAUAACCAGUUCAAAAACAUGCAAAUUCAGAACGGCAAAGGGGGAAAAGACAACAAGUCUCAAAAGGGUGGCCAACAACAAGCACAUCACCAAAUGAAAGGGGGUAAAGAUCUCAAGGUACCCUUUAAAGACCAGAAAUCUGUCAAGUUCAAUUUGCCUGAGGAUGAAUUUGAUUUAAGUGAUGGUGAAUUUGAGGACUUUGAUGAUUAUGAUGACGAAUUUGAUGAUGAAUUGGAUGAUGGUGACGAUUAUGAGUUUGGUCAUGGCCAUCAAUUACCCAACAAGAUGUUGCCGAAUAUGAUGGGUAAAGGGCAUGGACCACAUGGGCCUAAUGUUGUAAUGAAUGGGCCUCUCAUGAGUGAUAAAAGGGGUGGUGGUGGCCCUGGUGGGGGUGGGAAUGCCAAGAAAGGUGGUGUUAUUGAUAUUCCUUUACAAUUGAAGGGUGGAAAUAAGGAUGGUAAGAAUGGUAAUGUUGGAAAGAAAGGUGGUGGUGGUGGAAAUAAGAAGGGAGGGAAACAAAACCAGGGUGGUGGAGGAGGAGAUAAAAAGGGUGGCAAAAGUGGUGGUGGAUUUCUAGGUGGGUUGCUGGGGUUUGGCAGAAGUAGUAGCAAAAAAGAGAGUGGUGGGUAUAUGGAGCUUGGUAGAAGUAAUAGCAAAAAAGAGAGUGGUGGGUUGCUGGGAUUUGGCAGAAGUAAUAGCAAAAAAGAGAGUGGUGCUAAGAGUAGCAAUAAUUAUGGAAGCAAGGGUGGUGGUGGAAACAAUAAUAGCAAUGGGGGUAAGAAAGGUGGAGCCAAGAGUGAUGGGGUCUAUGAAAUCAACAAAAGCAAAAAUGGGUUCCAUGAUAUUGAUGUUACAGCCCCCAAUCAUGGGAAAGGAGGCAAAGGUGGUGGUGGGAAUGGGCAUGGGCAUGGGAAUGGGAGUGUUGGUCAGAUGAGCCAGAGAGAGCAAAUGGUCCAAAUGGGCCCUAAUGGUAACUAUCCAAUGGGUCCAAUGGGCCAAAGGGGACAAAUGGGCCAUAUGGGUAACUAUCCAAUGGGUCAGAUGGGAAAUGUUCCAGCAGUGCAAGGUCUACCUGCGCAAGCGGCGAUGAACGGUCUACCUGGGCCAACGGCGGCGGCAAUGAACGGUGGAUAUUAUCAAGGAAUUGGGCCAGCCAAUGCGUACAACCAACAACAAUACAUGGCGGCGAUGAUGAUGAAUCAACAAAGGGCAAAUGGGAACGAUAUGUACCAACCAAUGAUGAAUCAACAAAGGCCAAAUGGGAACGAUAUGUACCAACCAAUGAUGAAUCAACAAAGGCCAAAUGGGAAUGAUAUGUACCAAGCAAUGAUGAUGAAUCAACAAAGGGCAAAUGGGAAUGACAUGUACCAACCGAUGAUGUACGCCCGGCCGCAUCCAGCCGCUCAUUACAUGCCGCCGCAGCCGAUGUCAGCUCCGAUGCCUGAUCCUUACACUCACAUGUUUAGUGAUGAGAAUGCUAAUAGUUGCAGUAUCAUGUAAACUGGCAGAGAAAGUACUCUGUUUUGGUUUGUUUUCCUGGGUUGUGUAUUUUUGGUGGUGUUUGUGGUGCUACAAAGGUGCAGGUACCAUUGCUUAUGUUACUUGGAAAUGGUUAAAUUUUGACCCAUCAACCGCCGUUCAUCUC